GGGAGCUCACGCAGACUGCACACACUCUCCGGCGGGCACUCGUUUCCCUGACAACUAGAAUGGGCUGCAAUUUGUGCACCUUGCAGAAACGAGAGGAACACUACAAACUGCUCUAUGAGAUUGCACAGGUAAACGGACGUGACUUUUCCAGAACUGAACAUGAAGAGGCGGUGGUGGAAGCCAUCAGACGAGACCCCAUCGUUGUGCAGGUUCUACGAAGAACCCCCAACAGGGCUGCACCUGCUGUCUCGCACAGCCACAGCGGCUCGCCACAAGACGUGUGCGUGGUUGAUGUCUGCACGCAGACAGACAUCACCUUUGAGCACAUCAUGGCGCUGGCCAAGCUGCAACCCUCCACCCCACCGGUCCCUGACAUCUGUCCAUUCCUGCUCUCUGACAGCUGUCAUUCCAUUCAGACCAUGGAGCACGAGUACUAUGAAUGUCCAGAGUACAUGUCUAAUACUCCAGCAGAGGCGGAAAGGACUGAAGACUAUGAGUAUGAGGAGGUGGAGCUGUGCAGGCAGAACAGUCAGGAAAAGCUCGGACUGACCCUGUGCUACCGGACCGAUGAUGAGGAGGACACCGGCAUCUACGUCAGCCAGGUGGAGCCAAACAGCAUAGCAGCAAAAGACGGACGCAUCAAGCAAGGAGAUCGUAUUCUGCAGAUAAAUGGCUGUGAAGUGCAAGACCGAGGGAAAUCUGUCACCUUGUUGUCAAGUGAAGAGGCAAGGAGCAUCACGUUGCUGGUGACAAGGCCAGAAAUCCAGCUGGAAGAGGAAGCCGAAUGGCUGGAUGAGGAGCAACAGGAGCUUGUUGAGGAGCUGAAGAUGGAGAUCCUGGAAGAGAGAAAGAGGCAAAGGGAACUUGGCUUUGACAGGGGAGAACAACUUCUUGAAGAGGAGACGACAACAGACACAGCUACCUGUUCCUCCAACAAUCAAGACAGCGGGUUUGGGCGCAGUACAGACAGUCCCGAGCACCAACCCCUUCUGGUCAGACUUCACAGAAGGAACACACCACAUUGUCUUAGAGAUCAAUGGCGAUCGGGGUAUCCUCGCAUAAGGAGAGGGCUUGUUGUGCCACAGGAAACACAGGGUACAAGAGCACUACCCUCAGACCAAAGCCACGAAAGGGUAGUAAAUAUUCGCAAUAGUGGAGGCGGUGUCCUUGGUUUGGAGAACUGCUUUCAGCAGUUGUUGGAACUCAAGUGUCAAAUUCGGAAUGGAGGUGAAUGCGGCGUGUACUCCAUUCGACACAGUAUAGAAUGCAGCCUCACUGAGCAAAGUGGGCGGGAGGGAGACGGUGAAGAUGAUGAGAAAGAAGACGGAGGGGUGGAGCAGGAAUUAAGGAUGCUAAACGAAGAACUGCGUAGCAUUGAGCUAGAAUGCCAGAGCAUCAUGAAAGCCCACCAACUUCGUCAAUCCUGCCAGGUGGAGCACUCCCAGCCGUCACCUCACUCACCAGGACGGAGCCCCAAAGAAGUACACAAGCGGUAUGGCAGAUUGGCCGACAUCCACGAAUACCCAGAAAGGUUGGACAAUGAUAAGAUCAGAGAAAAGGACAGUUCUAGUGCCUACAACACAGCAGAGAGUGCACGAUCGACACCUCUAGGUAUGGAGAGAUCUCCUGAUCACUCUCUGCAGAGACACAUCAGGAUCACCAACCAGAAAAACCUCAGUCUAGCCUCCGUCACACCCAGUGCUCCCAUCCCAAUUCCUAAGCCCCAAGGGGAGACUAGAAGUUGCAGACCAGCAGAUCCAGGUCCAGUUAUCUCAAGCAGCCCAGACCAGACCAAUCCCUCCAGAUCUGAGUCAGAUCCAGCCCUACCAGCAGAUGAUGAGAGAUGUGAGAGAAAGGGGAGGACCAGAGACUCAAGAAGAGGGAUUCCCUGCGGUAGUGCAUACCAAACUGCCACAUAUCACGGACAAGGAGGAACUAAGCAACUCCAGAGCUAUAUGCAACUCCUACAACAGCACUCAUCCCUGGAAUACUCUCAGAGUCAGUUGAGUCUCUUGAGUCUCUGUCGAGAUCCUGGGCUCCGAAGCGGUCGUGCCGGAGAACCGCGCCUGGAAUGGAAAGUAAAAGUUCGUGCUGACGGGACGCGCUACGUUGCACGAAGACCCGCUCGAGACCGCAUACUCCGAGAGCGGGCCCUUCGGAUCAGGGAGGAGAGGAGUGGCGGUAUGACUACAGACGACGACGCAAUGAGCGAGAUGAAGAUGGGUCGCUACUGGAGCAAAGAGGAGCGAAAACAGCACUUGGCACGAGCCAGGGAGCAACGGAAGAGGAGAGAGUUCAUGCAGAAAAGUCGCCUUGACUGUCUGAAAGAGGGACCGACAAGUGGAGCCGAGGGCCGGAAGGAGAUCAAUAUCUUAGAGCUCAGCCACAGGAAGAUGAUGAAGAAGCGAAAUAAAAAGAUCCUGGACAAUUGGAUGACCAUCCAAGAACUGAUGAGUCAUGGUGCAAGAGUUCAAGAAGGUUCCAAAGUACAUAAUGCCUUUCUAUCUGUCACUACUGUUUAACAGACACCUUUAAACAAUACAUAACUGUUAAUAAACUUUUUUUCUAACUUGUGGCCUGAAUUUCAGAAACCACAGCUUGCUUUUUGAAAAGUGUUUCUGGAAUUCUAAAAUAAUGUAAUGAUGGUGUUGGGUUCUGUAGCAUAGAUAAUACGACCUUGAACUGAGCAUUGAUGAGCAAUGAACUCUUUGAGUACAACAUUUGAGCCAUUCUAAACAUUACUUUAAUGUUUUAUACACAGGCUUUUGUUGGAAUUCAUAUAUUAGUAGCAUGUUAGUUCAAAUUGAAUGAAAAAAAUCGGAGGAACCAGAAAGUAACUCAAUGUAAGCUUUGUAAUGUGUCUCGUCAUUCAACAGCGUUUAAUAGCUUAUGAAGCAGUCUCACUUGCCUCGUUCAAGGUGGCAAUUUUUUUUAUAAGGAAAUUAUAGUAUUUUUCACAAUUUGUAUUCUCUGCAAGGUUUUGUAAGGAUUUUUUCACACUGAAUGUCAAUGUACUGUAAGCAUUUUAUUAUAAUUUAUUAUUUAUAUUUGUAUCACCAAAUUGUCAUUGUUGAGGUAGACUAUGUGAUUGUACUUUAUACCAUACUGUGUACCAGACAAACCAGAAAUGAAAUAACCUUUUUGCUCUUUCAAUUACAUUUUUUACAGUUAAAAUGACGUAUAAUACUCAUUCAAAAGCACUGAAAAGGACAAAUUUUCAACUUAAAGGCUCAUUUCAGUCUUUAUUUAAGGAAAUAUUUGUCACACUUUUACCUCAACUUGCAGUCAAAGCUCCUAUCAAGACUUUUAAAACUUGGUUAAAUGAGAGGGUUUCUCUCUAACGGUUUAUCAAUUGAUUUCUGAAUUAUAUUUAAAAAAAUGUUUGCAAGAUUUUUAUUUAUAACACUAGUUAUUCAUUGUAUAAUGCAUUUAUGGUCUGUCUAAUUUACAUUGAGGUAGGAAAACCUUAAUAAGGCAGCAAUAUUCAAGGAAUUCUCAAAUCGAUAUAAUUUAAAAUUGCUGCUUUUAUUGUCAACUUAUUUAAGAGGCCUUGAGUUCAGUAUUUGUUGACGGUGAUGUUUGUAAGAAAAAGACAGUAAUAAAGAAAACCACUAAAUGAGUUUUUUUUGUCUACAAA